UUGGAAGAUCAAAAAUUGAGAAAGGAAGCAAAAGAUUGUGUAUAUUCACCAAAAAAAAGAAGAGAGAAAGAUUGUGUAACGGGGGAGACAGAGAUUGGGGGAAGUGGAAGUGCAGGGCAUAAGCAGCAUCGAUGGAGGAUGUAACAGAGAGGUUCUCCUGCUCCAAGCUUCUCGUUCCAAAAGGAGAACCCAUUUUCGUGAAGGCCACUUGGUUUCCCACUCACUUCCAUCUCGCCGUCACCGACGGCAUCACCGCCUGGCACUGCCACCCAUCGGAGGAGGAGGUGAAGCAGCGUGCUGCUCAGUGGGACCUUCCUGUUUCAGAGUACCUGAACUUGUCUGAGCGCUAUUUGGGGCUUCAACAACCCGGCUCUGUCUAUGCAUUGGAUGAUGCUGGUGAUGGCCAUAAGAGGUUGUCGUGGACGUUUGAGAAGGAAGGAAUGACUCUGCUUUGGAGAUGGAAAUGCUUGCUGUCUCCUGAUUCUAAGAAAAGUAAUGUCGAAAUAUUGGACUUUCUCAUGGGCUCAAACAUAAAUCUAAGUGACAAAGUUGUCAGAGAAAAUGAAUUGUUUGAGAAGAUGAAAGUGGAAGCUGAGAAGUGCUUAACCCAGAGUGAAAGAAUUGCCAAUGAGAGGCUGGAAUUUGAAUCUGAAAUCUAUGCAAAGUUUCUGGGGGUCUUAAAUUCAAAAAAAUCAAAACUAAGAGAGCUUCGAGAUAAGCUGGCAAAACCAGAGAAUACUGAGAAAUCUCCUGAAGAGGAAGACACAGACAAAACCGAGAGUUUUGAUGAAGAAAGUGAUUUUGACAGAAGUGAUGAGGAUCCUCAAAAGGAUAUUUCUAGUUCUUCAAAGGAUGUUAUGGCAAAUAAGCCUUCUUGUCCAAAAAGAACUAGACGUAAAUGACAUAUAUUUGCAACAAUCAAGAGUUGUUUUCCAUCUUGGAUUUGACAUCUUUGCAGAAAUUAGUUUAACUAAGAUAUGUCUCGCUUGUUAUCCAAUAUUCAUCCCCCAUAAUCCAUAUAGAACAGUGUAAACCUUUGUCUUGUCUUGUGUACAGUUUUAUGUAUUUCUCAGGUUCUAUGUAGAGUAUCAAAUGUUUACAAUAGGCUACUAAGUUGUAUGCGAAAACCGUUGCAUGACACAGCCAACUGAGCUUCUCACGCUUUUUUUUUUUUUGUACGAUUAAAAUGGGAUAACUUUUGAUAUCUCUUGUUCCUUAAACGAAGGAUAAAGUCAAUGUUGCAGUGA